AUUUUGGAUCACUUAUUUAGCAAAAGGCGGAGGAAGUGAAGAAUUACCAGCAGCCGCCGCGCCACCACUGAUUUACGGCGGGAAUGGGCGGCCUCAGGAGCAGCUCCGUUCAUCGUUUCACUGCCUAUCUCAUUGGCUUUUCCCUUCUCAUGGCCAUCCAUUCUGAAAAUCGAGAUGGUGAAGUUGAUAAUGAACAUGAAUUUUCAUAUUUGAAGAAUUCUUCAAAAGGGCCAGAAUACUGGGGAAGUCUCAAAGAAGAAUGGAAAUUAUGUUCAAUUGGAAAUUUCCAAUCCCCAAUCAAUAUUACCAAGAAAAGAGUUAUGCUUUCGUCUCAAAUAGGGAAAUUGAGAAGAAACUAUAGACCAGCUCUUGCUGUAUUAAGGAAUAGAGGACAUGACAUCAUGGUUGAAUGGAAUAGAUAUGCCGGGAGCGUACAUCUCACUGGCAACAAGUACGAUUUAGUACAGUGUCAUUGGCACACGCCUUCGGAACAUACGGUCGGAGGAAGAAGGUACAACAUGGAACUGCAUAUGGUCCAUAGAAGCUCCGAAGGACAGUUUGCUGUAAUUGCUAUUCUAUAUCAUUUAGGACGUUCUGAUCAUUUUCUCAAUAAGGUUUUAGAGAGUAUUAAUAAUUUAACAAAAGGUGAAGAAGAAAUUGACUUGGGUGAUGUUGAUCCAUGGGAUAUCAAGUUUGGAAGCAGAAAGUAUUAUAGAUAUAUGGGUUCUCUCACAUCUCCUCCAUGCACAGAAAAUGUUCUCUGGAUACUCCUUAGUAAGGUGAGAACAGCAUCAAAGGAGCAAAUUACAACAUUGAGGAAAGUUGUCCAUGAUGGUUUCAAAGAUAACGCAAGACCACUUCAACCUCUCAAUGAGAGAAUGGUAUUAAAGUACCAUCCCCACUCUUUAUGAGGAAUCUAGCAUGCAGUGCGUCAGUAGCACUCUAUUUUAUCAAACCAAAUUCCC